CUGAACCACCCUCGUCGUUGUGCAAACACACUCUUCUGCCACUUUCGAUCUGUCCCCAACCAGUAUUAUGGCCGACUCAAAACCUUCCAACCGCCCCGCGACCUCCCAUGGAGUGCCGGAGGGGUCGUCAUCGGUCGGCCCCGCGGCCGGACCGUCGUCGACGGAGGUCGCUCGACGCCAGCUGCAGGCAGCUCUCCGGGUCGCAGAUGUGACGGCGGGGCGUCUAGAUAAAUUAAUGGCCUCCGCAUACGGCCAAGAACGCGUCUUCGCCGUCACCGGCUACCUCUCGCACGCCCUCUACCACCUCCUCGACUCCGCGCCCUGGAUCGCCCUCCAAGCCCCCCGCCGCCGCGGCCCCGCCUCCCGCCUCCUCGCCCUCUCCGCCCUCAUGACCGAAACCCGCUACACCCUCCGACUGCUCGGCCUCGUCCCGCUCUGGACCUGGGGCUCCGGCGAGCUCAAGUCGCCGCACCCCGACCGCGCCAUCCACAUCCUCACCCUGCUGCAGGUCGUCUCCAACGUGCUGUACCAGGCGCUCGAGAACGCGGGCUUCCUCGCCGCCAAGGGCAUCAUCUCGAAGAAGUUCCUCGACCGCUGGGGCGGCAUCGACAAGUGGUAUCUGUGGAGUACCCGUGCCUGGUUCGGCCAUAUCUUCUUGCAAUUUUUCGUCCUGUGGCGACUACGGGUGCUGCGUGCGGCGCGGAGGGCCGCCGCUGCUGCUGCCGGGGCUGCUGGGGGUGAGAAGAAGGCGGACGACGCGGAGAGUGAGGCGGCUGAGACGCGCGCGUGGACGAAGAGUCUGGUGAAUAAUGUUUGCUGGACGCCGCUGUGUCUGCACUGGUGUGCUGAGGAGGGGUUGGGUUUUCCUGCCAGUUUGACGGGGGUGGUGAGCUUUAUGGCGGGUGCGUGGGGAGUGUUUGAUAUGUGGAAGGCGACUGCUUAGUUGGGGAGUUGAUUAUUUGUAUAUAUUGUUGGAUAUCCUUGCUUUUUGGUUGUUUGUAGGAUAGAUGUGGUAUACCAG